AUGUUGGACGGGAGCGAUGGAAAGAUGGCCGUGGCCGUGCUGCAGAUGUCCUGUUUGUAUCGGGGCAUGUUGGCGGUCAGAACCACCGGUAUCAGGACGCUGAUCCCCGGGCUGGUACCGGCGCACUUCCGAGCCUUCUCGCUGCGGAAGGAACCGGAGCUGGAGGAGAACCCGUUCUUCAGCAAGUACCGGGACAAGAUCCAGAAGCUGCGCAGCUCCAAACCACAGGAGUACAAAGCCCGGGUGGAGAAACGACACGAGGUCAAGAGCGAGGUGCUGGGACACUCGAAGCAGGCGGAGUUUGUUAAGCUGAUGGAGCAGGAGUUGGAGAAAAGGGACAAGUUGGCUGCCGGCGAUGGAGCGUCAGGAGGUUUCACAAAGAACAAGACGCUCGACUCCAUCCUCAACCUGGAGAUGAUGAGGGACAAGACGGGAGAGGAAAUUGCAGAGCUUUGGAUGAAAUAUUACUCGGCCAAGGACACAAUCAGCGCCGUCAUCCCGACUCAGAUCUACGAGGUGAUUUUCAACAGAUCACAGUCCUGCCAGAUGUUCCUCUACGCUUUGCCUCAGCAGGAGGGUUAUGAGUUCUUCUAUGGUCAGUGGUCCGGACACGAGCUCCACUUCACCUCCCUCAUCAACGUCCAGAUGCUGGGCGAGAACGCUCCCAGUCAGCUGAUCCUCUACCACUACCCAGACCUGAAGGAGGAGAAGGGCGUGGUCCUCAUGACAGCAGAGAUGGACCCCAAGUUCAUAACCGUCCACCAGGCCCAGUGCUUGGCCAAUCAGGUGCAGCUGUUCUACGGCACGCAGAGGCAGGAGACGUACCGAUUGGUGGAGACCUUCAACCACUCCCCUGCAGAGUUCAAACACAUGUCGGUGAUAGCGGAGCUGGAACAGAGCGGCCUGGGGACCGGGGUCGCCACCGGAGGAUCGUAGGGAGACAGACUUGAAAGUCGCCAACCAGCUCCCCUGCAGUCGGAUUCCCACAAACUGUUGGUCUUUAUUUAAAGUGGCAAAGAGAUACGUGCUCCUUUGCUCGGCACUUUCCUUUUACUGGAUAUAAAGUUUGCAGCAGCGGCUGUGAUUUUGGCAAAAGAAUUUAAAGGAGCAUUAGUAAAUUCUCAUGAACUCUGUCUGGGACAUGAUCAUCCAUCCCGUGAUGCUACACGUCCUUUCAUCGUCCAAACAUUUACAACCACAGGAGAAUAAUGUGGUAUUGAUCACUUCUGUUAACACAUCCCACUGUACCCUACCCUCCAUAUUAGACUGGACCAGAAGGACUUUGUUAGCCCUGAAAACCCACAUGACGUUUAAUAAAUCAUCCUCAAAAGCCCAAA